UCACAACCGGAGUGUGAACACAACGUGUUGUUGUGCUAAUGGGCUCCAGUCCCGGCCAAUGAGGGGAGGUCACUUCCCUUUUCCUCCACAAACACACGGCUCCGGUUUCCUCUCUGCUCUCGGUCUCCGCCGCUGCACAGUGCGAUGCUCCGGCUGCAACACUAGCGAACCUCACCCCCCACACCUCCGCGGCCCUCCAGUGUCGUUUUACCCCCUCGUCUUUUACCGUCUUCCCCCCCAGUGUCGAGAAGAAGCCCCACCGGGUGUGUGGUGUUUUUUUUUUGGACAUGCCUAACAUCGUGCUUUUUAGCGGGAGCUCCCACCACGACCUGUCCCAGAAAGUGGCCGAUCGGCUGGGGCUGGAGCUGGGCAAAGUCAUCACGAAGAAGUUCAGCAACCAGGAGACAUGCGUGGAGAUCGGCGAGAGCGUGAGAGGCGAGGACGUGUACAUCGUGCAGAGCGGCUGCGGCGAAAUCAACGACAACCUGAUGGAGCUGCUGAUCAUGAUCAACGCCUGCAAGAUCGCCUCCUCGUCCCGUGUCACCGCCGUUAUCCCCUGCUUCCCCUACGCCCGGCAGGACAAGAAGGACAAGAGUCGAGCACCCAUAUCUGCCAAGCUGGUGGCAAACAUGUUGUCUGUGGCCGGAGCCGACCACAUCAUCACCAUGGACCUCCACGCCUCACAGAUCCAGGGUUUCUUCGACAUCGCCGUUGACAACCUGUACGCAGAGCCCGCUGUUCUGCAGUGGAUCAGAGAAAACAUCCCUGAGUGGAAAAACUGUAUCAUCGUGUCUCCAGACGCCGGAGGAGCAAAACGCGUGACGUCCAUCGCCGACCGUCUGAACGUGGACUUCGCUCUCAUCCACAAAGAGAGGAAGAAGGCCAACGAGGUGGACCGCAUGGUGCUGGUGGGCGACGUCAAGGACCGCGUGGCCAUCCUCGUGGACGACAUGGCCGACACCUGCGGCACCAUCUGCCACGCUGCCGAGAAGCUAAUUGACGCCGGAGCAGUUAAGGUCUACGCCAUCCUCACACACGGCAUUUUCUCUGGUCCGGCAAUCUCUCGCAUUAACAACGCCCCGUUCGAGGCGGUGGUGGUGACCAACACCAUCCCGCAGGAAGAGAAGAUGAAGGCAUGCCCGAAAAUACAGGUCAUCGACAUCUCCAUGAUCCUGGCAGAGGCAAUCAGAAGAACCCACAACGGCGAGUCCGUGUCCUACCUCUUCAGCCACGUACCCUUGUAAAGACCGAGAGGGGGGGGACGGCUGCCGGCCCGCCACCCGUCUCCCCUCCACCCCUCCCAUUUGGCCACUCAGCCGGCACUGUUGGCCACAUAUCCUCCGGAAAGGCUCAGAGAGAAAUAAGAAAAGGCCUGGUGGUUUUCUGGCCAGCCUCAUGUGACUGUUUAAAGGUCACGCCCACACAUUGUCGUUGACAUUUCACCCAGGAGGCCGAGCGAAAUAUCACUUCUUUCUCUGAAGUUUGUAUUUAUGAGUUGCUCUUUUUCUCUGUUUCCUUUUUUUCCUCAUUUCCAGUCUCGCCAACCUUGGAGCAGCAGAGUCUGGCCUUCACUUUAACCAAAGGGUCCAUUGUGUAACAUAGUGUAUAAUUUGAAACCUCACUUUAAAAGAAGCAUUCCACUGCGGCAAAUCUUUUUGGCCAUGAGUAAUAAAACUAGUGAAAAAAUGUGACGACGUGCAUCUUCUCCCUCGGGUGUUUGCAGCUGCUACAAGUAUUGAGAUAAUAAGGUUAUAGUCUAACCCUGAACUAGCUACAGCUCAAUGGACUUGAAACUGUAAUAAUAGUUGAUAUUCGGCCGCACCACAAAUUAAAUAAUGUUGAUGUGACCACAGGCGGAGAAAAGAGUCAAAUUAGACGACUGAACACUUGAUUUACCCACUUCCUCUUUUUCUUAGUGAGCCGUAUCGAAUGUUGUCGCGUCUUCUCCCGACAAGCUGCUGUCACCCAGUGGUGACACAUCUGUACGACAUCCUCCUCCUCUAAUACCUCCAAUUGUGCUAAAAAAAUAUAUACGUAAACCUUAACAGCAGCUUUCCAAUCCCCCCCGACAGUUUUGUUGUUGAUUUAAUGCGAGGUGUGUUGGGUGCUUUGCCCUUCUUCCAAAAGGUCAUGAUGUGUAAUUGAGCCCAAAGCUUGGUUUAUUAUAGUGUUAUGAGAUUUCAAUCUUGAAUUGUCAUUAGAAAGAAGUGAUUGUCAUGGCUGUAACAAGGCAGGUGUCACAGUUGGUGAAAAAGCAUGAUUUAAUUUUUUUUUUUUUAUAUGUAACACUUUUCUUUGACAAUAAAGCUUUGACAAUGGCUUAAA